GAUACAUAGUUUCGACCGCCGUUUUUUUCGAAAGGGAUGGAAUUUAAUUCGAAACAUCGAAAAUUAUCAAAAAAUAAAAAUUUCGUUCGUACCUCUUCAACAACAAAACCCAGACUAACAAAAAAAAGAACAGUUACCAAAAGACGAAAAUGCGUGUGUUUGCCAGAAAUUAUUUCAGUGGUAGAGUUUCCUCCAAUAUGGAACGAAUUGAGAUUAAAUGGACAAUUAUGUGAUGGUACUAUUAUUUGUAGAGAUAUGCAAACCAUCAGGGUACAUCGAGCUAUACUUUCAGCAGUUAGUCCAUACUUUAAAGCUAUUUUUGUAAAUUCUCUGAAGAAAGGCGAGCCCGAAGAAAAGGAAAUAUUCGUGGAUGUACCCACUUAUUAUAUGGGCUUGAUUUUAGAUUACGCCUAUACAGGAACAUGUACAGUGACCGUUGAAAAUGUCCAGUUUUUGCUGCCGUAUGCAGAUCAGUUUGAUGUGGUCGGGAUUGUACAGCUAUGCUGUCAAUUUUUGCUGCAAGAAUUACGGCCACACAACUGUCUUGGAAUAUUUAAGUUUGCUAGAUGUUAUUUUUGUAACGACUUAGAAAAGAAAGGAAAGUUGUAUAUAAGACAAAACUUUGCUAAAAUUUUAAAAGAAUGCAGUGAAUUUAAAUCGCUUUCGUACGAGGAAUUGGAAGAUAUAUUACGAGAUGAUGAAUUAAAUGUUCGAAAUGAAGAAAUAGUAUUUCAAGCUGUAAAAACUUGGGUAGAACAUGACUUAGAAAGUCGUAGGAAAUAUAUCCCAACAUUGCUUACAUGCGUGCGAUAUGGACAUAUUAGCUAUAAAUAUUUUAAAUCAAAAAUUUUACAAUGGCAGCCAGUUGUUGAAGAUGAGAAAUGUCAAGAAGCUCUCUACCCAGCCGUCGUGUUUUUAACUUUACUUGACUCAAGGCCGGACACUGAGGCGGACCUGAAUGAUCCUCUGGCAAGGCCCAGGAUUCCCUACGAAGUUCUAUUUGCUGUGGGUGGAUGGAGUGCCGGAAGUCCAACAAGUUUUGUGGAAACUUACGAUACAAGAGCGGAUCGUUGGUUUCUUUCAAUACACAUGGAUCUAACACCUCGUGCGUACCACGGCCUGUGUACGCUCCACAAUCUGAUAUACAUGAUCGGCGGAUUCGACGGCAGCGAUCAUUUCAAUACAGUUCGAUGCUAUGAUCCAGUCACCAAUACUUGGCACGAGAGAGCUUGCAUGUAUCAAGCUCGGUGUUACGUUAGCGUAGUCGUCCACGACAAUCUCAUCUAUGCUUUGGGAGGUUAUAAUGGCAGAACGCGCAUGUCCUCAGUAGAACGUUAUUAUCCUGAAAAAAACCAGUGGGAAAUGACAACUCCCAUGAAUAAACAGCGCUCCGACGCUAGCGCAGCUUCGCUCGGAGGAAAGAUAUAUAUAGUUGGUGGUUUCAACGGCCAAGAAGUGUUGAGCUCUGCCGAAGUGUACGACUCUGAGACGAAGCAGUGGAGCUUCAUCAGAUCCAUGCUGAGUCCUAGAUCUGGCGUCAGUCUCAUCGCGUACAGGGACUCCUUGUACGCCCUUGGAGGGUUCAAUGGAUACAGCCGAUUAAAUACGGGCGAAAGGUUCUGCCCUCAACGUGGCGGCGAAUGGCAGGAGGUCACGGAGAUGUUCAGUGCAAGGAGUAACUUCGCCACCGUCCUCUUGGAUGACAUGAUAUUUGUUAUCGGAGGAUUCAAUGGUUCCACAACGAUUCCCCACGUAGAGUGCUACGACGGAGAUACGAUGGAAUGGUACGACGCGGCUCCCAUGAACCUCACUCGCUCGGCGCUGAGUGCGUGCGUGAUCGCAGGCCUGCCGAAUGCUCGUUCCUUCUCCUACCUCGCGAAAGCUGUUCCCGCGGCCGGGGCCGACCAAGUACAUAACUCAUAACACUCGAUAAUAUUAACGAGAUGUAUAUCUCAAGGGUGAAUAGAAAUCAGUUUGUGUGAAUAUACCAUCAAAAUAGUUUAUAUGAAUAUACCACCAGUUCGUGCACUUUGUGAUUCAUGAUUAUACACAAUAAUUUAGUAUUGACUUAUUUAUAUAUCGUGACUUUUGCGUUUCCAAUUUAAAUACCAUGAUGAAUUUCUGGUUUCCAUUCACCCUAAUGAUUUUAUACCUACACGGCCAUCCUUAACAAAAUUAAAUAUUCUGUCAUUCUAUGAUGAAAAACUAUGUUUAGAGUUUAACUAUUAUAAUUUUCAGGCCGAUAUUACGAUUUUUUUUAAUUGAACUUAACUUAAAAUUCUAGUAACAGCAUCAGUAGAUAAUAAUAAAUAAAGAUAACCUAAGCUUAUCUGUUGCUAAGAAAUUUGUUGUACUUAAAUAUAAUUAGAUUACAAAAACGAUCUCUUUUCAGUCCCUCAAUAUUUUACUUUCUUUUUAUGCUUCUUCGUUCUUAUUAUAUACAUAACUUUAAUUUAUUCACAGACAUAUCUACCUACUACAUGUAAAUAAAAUAUGUUUUACUUACAUAGUUACGCUCUAAACAUAGUAUUUUUAAAUGUGAAAGUUUCUUUAAUUAUUAGAUCGCCGAAAUAAAUUUAGGCCUAGAUUCAAAAUAAUUUAUCGUCAUUAAAAUUAUUAUUAACAGGAUAUGACUGUGUAAAAUGUGAUUUUGUAUAAUAGUUUGUAAAUAUUUCUAUCUAAUUCUUUGCCUAUGUAAUCUGUGAUAUUUUAAAUUUGUACGAUAAUAUGAAUCAAUUUUUGUGUUUUAUUAUUGUAAAAUCAUUGAAUUAUUAUACAGGUAAAUCAAAUCAUUGCCUGUACCAUAUUUGUAAUAUAAUAAUUAAUGUCCUAACAAUAUAUUGUGAUAUAAUUAUACAACUAAUAUUUUCGUAUUUUAGAUACCUUUUUAAAUUUUCAGUUUUGUACUUCGUUUUAUUUUAUUUCCUUGUAAUUCUAAACCAAAUAAUUAUAUCGAUUUUUAUCAUUGUUAAAUAAAUGUUGCAAUACUUCUACUCGUGGGUUGUCGCUUGGCAGUGUUCUUUUUCUGGGAGGAAAUAUUAAAUAUAUGAAACGAGUCGAAAAAAACUGAAAAAUUUGCGUAUUUUACUCUAGAAAAAUUUAUUGUACCCCAAUUAAUAUUGAGAAAUUGACAAAUAAAGUAAAACGAUAUGGUA